AUGGAAGGUGGAUACAAGACAAUGACAGAAUUGGCAGAACAGCCAUCAGACACUUUAACAGACAAUUUAAUCUUAAUUUACCACAUACGAGUAGCAGAAUUAUUGAUUGCAUUCCAAGAAUGGUCACAAAUGAAGACAAAAUCAUGCUCACCAGAAAACCUUAAGAGGAAGAAAUCAAAAGUGCAGUUUUCAGUCUCAGCAAGGAUAGUUCAAAGAGGACCAGAUGGCUAUGGAGGAAAAAAAUGGUGCCCUGGUAACUCACAAGCUUGGAAACAGCUCCUCAAGGCAAGAGAGAAGUGUGAUAGAAAGAUUACUUGGAAAAUUAUUAAUGGGAGCUUCAAUUUUUGGUGGGAUGAUUGGACAAAACAGGGUCCUCUAGCCCUCAUCUGUCCAAAUCAGGAUGGCAGUGAUUAUGCUAUAUGGAAAGAUUACAAGGAUGGGCAUUACAAUAAUCAUUCUGCUUGGCAAUUGGUUAGAAGACACAAACCUAAAAAUCUUCUUUUGAACAGUAUUUGGAGCAACUCAAUUCCCUUCAAAUUCUCCUUCCUGUCUUGUAGAUUAUAUCACAUCAAGCUCCCUUUUUUGGAAAAUAUGCCUUGGGUUGAUAAUAGAAGGGAUAUUAAUUGUUUAUGUUGCAGAAUCCCUACUCUAGACUUUAUGCAUCACCGUUUUGUGGAAGGACAAGCUGCUCAAAAUAUCUGGAAGAAGAUUGGUGCCCCAUUGGGAAUGGUUUAUCAGUACCAGUCAAUCAGAAACAUUUACACAAGUUGGUGGAUCAACAAUCCAAUCAACAAGGUUCAUAAGUUGGUUAUUCAGGUUUGUCUAGUGAUUAUAUGUUGGCAAUUAUGGAAAGAAUGGACUGCUUGCAAACAUGGGGAUCAAAAGAAGUACUCUGAGUACAACUUGGAAAUUCAAUACAUUGGAGAAGUUAAAAUAAAUUCUGAUGGGAGCUAUUUUACAGAUAUUGGUAGUGUUGGAGUUGGGGGUAUCAUGAGAGAUAGUAGAGGGGACUUUAUCAUGGCUUAUUCUAUUCCUAUGCAGUGUACUAGCAACAAUGAAGCUAAUGCUCUAGCAAUGCUUACAGAACGGUGCAAACAAAAUGCUUACAACAAAUACAUUAUAAAAAUGGAUUCACAGAUCAUUUCUAAUAUGCUGAUUAACAAAGGAAUUGACAAUCUCAAGCUCAAACACAUCAUCAAUAGCACUAUCAAGAGCUUCAGUGGUGCAGAUGUUACUAUUAAGCAUUGCUAUAGAGAAGCUAAUCAAGUGGCAAACUUCCUUGCUAAACUAGCCUUUACAAGUGGAACUAGGAGCUUAUAUCCUUCUCUUCAACAUCUUCCUAGAGAGGCAAAGGGACUAUUUCAACUUGAUAAAUGA